CACAAGUACACCACACUUAAGUCCACAGGAAGCAGAGCUCACUGGUUACCACAAAGAAAACAACUGAUUUUGGACAUCUUAUUCAACAAUAAUUUAAUCAAUUGAGACUUUUUUCUAAGUGCUUUUCAAGAUCCAAAGACCAUGUCGGCCCCACCUGCGGCAGGCACCUUCGGCCCUUCUGCGCCUCCAGCAAGCAUGUUUGACACCGUCCCCGGAUAUGAGGGAACUGUGGCCGGUGGAGGUGGUGGGUAUCUUCCACCUCCAAUGCCGUCUGUACCAAUCCCUGCGCCCGUGCCUUCCCCCAACCAACCAGAGUGGCUAAUUCCUUCCAUCUCAGAGGAAAGAGCGCGUGAAGCUCUUGCAACAUAUGUCGAUAGCAAGUGCUGCUACAGCUCUGCCCCGGUCAAAGAAGGAGUUAUAACCAACAUGGAAAUCUUUAAUACCUACAGGUACCGUUUAGAGACAUUCACGGAGUCCAGAUCUACUGAAUGGAGUCAAGAGCCUUACUCAGGGCAGCCUGUGGAUGCUGGUGCUCAACCACCUCCAGGACCGUGGCAGAUCGCAGUUCAAGCUCCAGCCUUCUUUCAAGAACACAAGCAGACCAUUAAAGUGCCCUAUACUUCUUCUCUCAAGAACUGUCACUCGUGUCUUGGAAUGGGGAGAAGCCCGUGUACCACAUGUGCUGGAGCUGGAAAUAAAGUCUGCUGGGUAUGUAAUGGUUCUGGUAAUCGUAUGAGUGAUGAGCGUUGCACGCACUGCAAUGGGCGAGGACGUGAGAAUUGUAGUUCAUGCAGUGGCAACGGCUCUUGCCAAUGUGACACCUGCCAUGGAAAGAGACAGCUGCUCGUCUUUAUCAAUCUCAAUGUAAAAUGGAGCACAGAGAAAGAUAAUUUCAUAGCACAACAGUCAAGUGGACUGAACGUGCACAAUCUAGAGAGCGUUUCAGGAAAGGAGCUCUUCAAAGACACCCAGUUUAUGCUAUAUCCAGUGAUGGGUUUCCCAGACGCCUCUGUUGGUCAAGCAUCCGAGCGUUUAGUAAGAGAACAUCAGGUGAAAUUUGCCCAAACCUCCCGCUUAUUACAGCAGAGGCAGACAAUAGAGCUCAUUCCCAUCACCAAAGUAAACUACAUGUGGAAAGGAAAAUCCCAUGUUUAUUUUGUGUAUGGAAAUGAGUUUGAAGUGAAGGCUGAUGACUACCCUGCCACCUGCUGCUGUUCUGUGAUGUAACUCUGAAAAAUCACAUAUUGUUUUGGGGGCUGAUGUAAUUCUGCACAAUCAUCCCAACACUGGAAAGUACAUCCAAACAUCAUCAAUGUUGCCUAUACAUCUCUCACCCUAAUGGGCAUUAUUAGUAAAAGAAGUCCAUUAAAACUGUUGCAUGGUAAAUUACAACCUUGUAGAUGUUUGUUAUAUGACUCAGUGUUUCCAAAUGUGAAUGACUACAUUUUCCUUUCCAGCAAGGAACUGUUCGAGUCAUCAACAUACAUUAGCUUGUAUCACAAAUUUGAAUUAAAAAAUAGUCUGGAGUAAAAUGUUAGUAAAAAUUAUGUAAUUAAUUAAAAUAAGCUCAAGUUUUGAGACAUGAACAUAUCACCACAUUGCCCCACUUUGUUGGGUAACACUUUACAAUAAGAUUGUUUUUGUUAACAUUAGUUUAAAUGAAAUAACAAUGAACAAUAAUUUUACAGCACUUGGUUAUCUUGGUUAAUGUUCAUUUCAACAUACUAAUACAGUAAAUGUUUGAAAUAAACUCGUAUAUGUUAACAUUAGUUAAUACAUUAUAAACAAACUAUAAACAAUUGUUUUGAUAAUAUUAACUAAGACUACUUAAUGCUGUAAAAAUAUGUUGAUUAUUGUAAGUUCAUGAUACCUAAAGCAUUUACAAUUUUUUUGUACCACUGCACAAAAGUACAUUUAGUUUAUUGUAGUCAAGAUACAAAUCUUUAUUGUUAAUUAAUAGACUGUGCAAUUCUCUUAUAGAAUUAUGCAAACAUAGUUCAAUAUGUCAUUUGUAUUUUUACAUUUUAAUAUAACAGACAUUACUGUCAUAUCUUAAGUGUUUUCACACAUUGCAUUAUUGUGCUGACAUUCCUUACUGAUGUUAAAGAUUAAAGGUUUUAUUUUAACAUUUAUCAUUCACCCUAGGAAGGAGCCAAGGAACAAUGAUUUUAUUAAAAGUUCUUAUUAAUAGAUGUCUAAAUAACAACCUCCAAACCUUUUUUACGUUUAAUGUUUUUUUCUAGAAGAUAUCAAACUCUACCAUACGGUUGAGAUGUCUGUUUAUGGUCAAACUUGCUUUAAAUGGGCAUUACUAUUUCUUGGUCUUUCUAUGUAUAAUAAACAGCUUUUAACUUUA